GGCACUGGGCUUCUCUAUUCUCUGCUGCACACUGCCAGUACAUUUUCACUGCCUCUCUGCCAUGGCAAUGCUGUGGAUCAGUUCUUCUGUGAAAUCCCCCAAAUCCUCAAGCUCUCCUGCUCACAAUACUUUCUCAGGGAAUUUGGGAUUCUCCUUGUUAGUAUCUGUUUAGCCUUUGGGUGUUUUACAUUCAUUGUUUUGUCCUAUGUGCAGAUCUUCAGGUCAGUACUGAGGAUGCCCUCUGAGCAGGGAUGGCACAAAGCCUUCUCCACGUGCCUCCCUCACCUGGCCGUGGUCUCCCUGUUUCUCAGCACUGGCUUUUUUGGCUACUUGAAGCCCUUCUCCAUUUCCUCCCCAUCCCUGAAUCUGAUGGUGGGACUUCUCUAUUCUGUGGUUCCUCCAACACUGAACCCUGUUAUCUACAGCAUGAGGAACAAGGAGAUCAAGCAUGCCCUCAGCAAAGUGUUGCAGCAGCAAUAUCCCUGCUUCAAUAAUGUGCAUAUCUUCCUCACAUCGUUCCUUGUGAUGGUUCUUUAUAUUUUAC